AAGUUACAUCAUAAUCUUUGAUGAUUAAAUUAGUUCAUAUAAUUAAAGAAAAAAAAUCAAUAAUUCCAUGAUGAAUAUAUGAGUAUCCAAUAUCAUAAAAUAAAAUUUCAGAACAAAUAAAACUAGUUUGACAAUUUAAGAUCUCAACUGUUGAUUUUCCUUUGUUAUUGAAUUCCUCUGUGUCGUCUCUCUUUGUCUUCUCCCAAAAGUCCUAAAAUUGUUGCAGGAAAAUGUCUACACUGUCACCGGAGUCGAGUAAAAAUUACCAGAGCCUUGGUUGUGAGCAACACUGAGCCUGGACUGAAUGCCGCCAACAAAAAAAAAAAAACUGCAUUUAAUUGAACAUGUAAUCAGAAAUGAGGAUAAUUGGAAAUGAGAAGGAAAUCAGAAAUGAGGAUAAUCGGAAAUGAGAAUGAAAUUGAGGAGAACCUUCAAUUGGAACUUCAGAGAAAUUGGAAUUAGAAUCGGAAAUAACUUGUGGAGAAACUCUUGGAAUCGAAACGGGAAUGAAAUCGGGGUUGGCUUUUUGGGAAGCCCGUUCCCACAGUGCUCACUGCCCGGCUGGCCUGCCAGCGGCUGGUCAAAGACUUGGUCGGAUGCGAGAUCCCUUGCUUCAGCUAUGACGGUAGCAGAGAGUUUAAUGGACUUCAAAGGAAGUUCGGAUGGGAUCGGAAUCGAAAUUGGAAUUAGAAAUGGAAAGGAGCUUGUGCAGAAACUCCUGGAAAAAUGCUUUCGGGUAAAUGGAGAAUAACAAUUGUUUUCUAGAAGGUUUGGGAAAAUGCUUCCUGGUUCCUCCGUUGUGUUUUUUUUUUUUUUCUUCUAAUUUUAGUUUAGUUUCAGAUUUGACGCCGCUUCUAACCCGUCUUUUUAUUUAAUUAAUUCCUGCACCUGCC